UGUGAUCAAAUGUUAUCGAACAUUAAAUCGCAUUAAUGUCUUCAUGUGUGGAAUUAUGCCGCAUUGCAUAGCACCGGGUUGUACUUCUGGAUAUAAAUCUAAUCCGGAAAAAAUUCAUUUUUUUACUGUGCCUAAAGAUGAAAAUAUGAUAACUUUAUGGCAAAAUGCUAUACGAAGAAAAGACUUUGUGAUCCGAGCAGGACAGUUUCUUUGUGAAAAACAUUUCUUGCCUGAAGAUAUAUUGUGGAAACGAGAACUUACAAGUCCUGAUGGACAAGUACUCGGCGUUUCGCAUUAUAGACAACCAAGGUUGCGAAAAGGGGUCAUACCUUCGCAGUUUCCAUGGAUGGAAAUUUCUACAUCUGUAUCAUUGGAUAACUCGUUGCUGCAAGACACACCUUUUCAAGAAACAGUUUAUAAAUUUGAUGCACUACAUUGCACACGAAAUAAUUUACAAGAAGCAAGAUCGGAUGAGCCAUCAAAAUUUUCUUUUAUCAAUUUGAUUACUUGUGCUACAUUGCAAAUACCAAUAAACUGGAUCAGGCGUACUGUAACCUGCGAGGCAAUUACAAUGGAGUCAUUUACAAAUGACGGUGUCAUGGCCUCGCCGGAUCCCGGCGGCGGCCCGCCACCUGAUAACGAUAAGCGGAUCUCCGCUACCCUAAAGGACUUUGACUCUUUUUGCGCGAACGUGAGUGAUGAUCAUGGCAGUGACAAAGAGAAUAUUCGGCUGAUCUCUUCACAAUUAAUGCCUCCGCCAUUGAUCAAAGGUCGAAAACCGUCGCUACCUGCUACAUCAUCCGCAUCGGGUAAAGCGAACAUAGGGAAAAAGAAAGGGAAAAAAGAAAAGAAUGAUGCACCUAAAUGUGAUCCCUCUCCCAAUUCUCGCACAUCCUCGAUCAUAUCUAUGCAAUCGCUUUCACGUUCUCGGUCCCGUUCACCGGUAAACAUACGCGACAAUCAGUGCUUGAAUCCCCCCUCUCCUCUUGAGGACGAUGGAUACGAGGAAUGA